CCUCACAGCUGCUUCCCAGGAACCAGACGUGCAUUUCUGUCUCGAUGGAGCACUCGUUGCGAUGACUCCUCCAAUCUGAUCAAUACACGCAAUGGGCCAAACCCCCUCAGCUCCGGUGAUAAUCACCCAGCCGGACAAAUCGGACAUAGUGUGUGAGAUCUUCAGCCAGGGGGUGGUGCACACCUCCCAGAAACUGAAGGACUAUCUGGGAUUUGAAGACCCGCAUGGCAAUCUGCGUCCGAGCACCGACACCUUGACCGAGAUUUUCCUCGUGAACUUCAUAAACUUCUGCGUGGAGAAAGGCGUGGAAGAGAGAAUCGCAACCAGUACCAUGACCAAGCAGCAGGCCGCCUUGUUCGGCGUGGACUGGAUUUGGACGCUGUUCGCUCCCGACAAGUCGGUCAGGCUUCAGAUAGCCGUGCAGGCCUUACAGAUGUCAGACUUCGACGGGAACGGCAGAAGCGACCCGGACGCGUUCGGCAAAGGUCCCUGCAAGGAGAUACAACUCACCGACGUCGGUUACAAGAAUAAGAGCCUGUAUGAGAAGCUUGAGGAGUUUUGCCGCCUCGUGGGCUCAGACUGCCUGGGCCUAUUUAUGGUGUUUGGCUUGCCGGGGAAACCGAAGGACAUUAGAGGAAUCCUGCUGGAUAGCGUCGGCAAGGAGAACAAGAAGAAUUCUCUGCCGGGGGAAAAAGCUUUGCAACAAUUCAUUCUCACCACAGACAACUUCCUACCCACCAAGGAACUGCUGGAUACCUGUAUGUUCAAGCGCAACGGCCAGCGCAACAUCGGGAAAGUGUACAUAAACUUUUUGUAACGUGGGGGCUGCACAAAAGAGAGGAUUUAAAGCCAUCUACAGGCAGCCAUCUUGUGGGACAGUUUUACACGAGGACAUAGGCCCUGGUGCAAUUCUUGUGCUAUCGAUCUACCAUAAAGGGUUAACUGCGUGCAUGUCUGCAAGAGUCUAUUAUAAAGAAGGAGACUGAGCCAGCAGGUGAGAUGGGCCGACCUGCAGCAAUUGUUAAAAUAAAACAAACCCACAGAGUCAGUAAGUGGUUUAUUUACACCAUAAGGCAGACCAAUUAAACACAAUUUUAUAUCAAAA